GCUUGGAGCAACCUGGGAUAGUGGAAAGUGUCCCUGUCCAUGGCAGGGGGUGGAAUGGGAUGAGCUUUAAGGUCUCCUCCAACCCAAAUUGUUCCAGGAUUGCAGCAUGGGGGAGAUUGUGUCAGGUUGGGGUUCCAGACAGGGAUUCCUUGGCCAGUCAUGCCAGAGCAGCCAACUGACAUCCUGAAGGCACCAGCUUUGCUUUACCUGGCUGUGAGUUGGUGAACACCAGCUGACGGGGCACAAAGUAGCAGUAAAAAUACUGAACAGGCAGAAAAUCCGCAGCCUGGAUGUGGUGGGGAAGAUCAAACGAGAAAUUCAAAACCUGAAACUCUUCCGGCACCCUCACAUUAUCAAACUGUACCAGGUCAUCAGCACACCAACAGACUUCUUCAUGGUCAUGGAGUACGUGUCCGGCGGGGAACUGUUUGAUUACAUCUGUAAGCACGGACGUGUGGAGGAGGCAGAAGCUCGACGCCUUUUCCAGCAGAUCCUCUCUGCGGUGGAUUACUGCCACAGGCACAUGGUUGUGCACAGGGACCUGAAGCCAGAGAACGUGCUGCUGGAUGCACACAUGAAUGCAAAGAUAGCUGAUUUUGGACUGUCCAACAUGAUGUCAGAUGGUGAAUUUCUACGCACCAGCUGUGGCUCCCCAAAUUAUGCAGCCCCUGAAGUCAUCUCUGGAAGGCUCUAUGCUGGCCCAGAGGUGGACAUCUGGAGCUGUGGUGUCAUCCUCUACGCCCUCCUGUGUGGCACUCUGCCUUUUGACGACGAGCACGUCCCCACCCUGUUCAAGAAGAUCCGUGGCGGGGUGUUUUACAUCCCAGAAUACCUCAACCGCUCCGUGGCCACGCUGCUCAUGCACAUGCUGCAGGUGGACCCCCUCAAGCGAGCCACCAUCAAGGACAUCAGGGAACACGAGUGGUUCAAGGAGGAGCUGCCCAGUUACCUGUUCCCAGAGGACCCUUCCUACGACGCCACGGUCAUCGACGACGACGCGGUGCGGGAGGUGUGCGAGAAGUUCGAGUGCACGGAGUCGGAGGUGAUGAACAGCCUGUACAGCGGCGACCCGCAGGACCAGCUGGCCGUGGCCUAUCACCUGGUCAUCGACAACCGCCGCAUCAUGAACCAGGCCAGCGAGUUCUACCUGGCCUCCAGCCCCCCCACCGGCUCCUUCAUGGACGACAGCACCCUGCACAUCCCUCCGGGCGUGAAGCCGCACCCCGAGCGGAUGCCGCCGCUCAUCGCCGACAGCCCCAAAGCCCGCUGUCCCUUGGACGCCCUCAACACCACCAAGCCAAAGCCCCUGACUGUCAAAAAGGCCAAGUGGCACCUGGGGAUCCGCAGCCAGAGCAAACCCUAUGACAUUAUGGCCGAGGUGUACCGGGCUAUGAAGCAGCUGGACUUCGAGUGGAAGGUGGUGAACGCCUACCACCUGCGGGUGCGCCGCAAGAACCCCGUGACCGGCAACUACGUGAAGAUGAGCCUGCAGCUCUACCAGGUGGACAACCGCAGCUAUCUGCUGGACUUCAAAAGCAUCGACGACGAGGUGAUGGAGCAGCGGUCUGGCUCCUCCACGCCCCAGCGCUCCUGCUCGGCCGCGGGCUUGCACCGGCCGCGCCUGAGCAUCGACGCGGCCGCGGCCACCGAGUGCCAGUCGCUGAUGGGCUCCCUGAGCGGCUCCUUCGUUGGCAGCAUCCCCUCGGUGCCCCCACGCCUGGGCAGCCACACCAUGGACUUCUUCGAGAUGUGUGCCAGCCUCAUCAUGGCCCUGGCCCGCUGAUGGCACCGGCCCCGCCGUGCACUGUGAGGAUCUGCGCCGGCUCGUCCGCCCCUUGUUCCUUUUGCUUCGUUGUUCUUCCUCCUCCUCUCCUGACCACCCCACAGCCCGUGGCACAGAGCCAAGCCCAGACCCAAAACAUCCUCCCCUCUGACAAGGCAAUGAGGAGAUUAACUUGGUUUCUCUCCUUGUGCCUGGUGAAAUGUAUCCAAUACCCUUUUUUUCACCUAGUGAACCCCAUGGGAAAUGUCGAGGCUGUAAAGUAACAAAUGUAUCACCAAGUUUUUGGAAAGCACCUUCCCCUGGUUCAUCCUGAGUUAAUGGAGGCAUAGCCGAGCUUCCUGCAGGGAGGUUGAUGUCUCCCCAUUGCUGUGGAGAGCAGGGGCAGAAUGGGCUGAGCCAGGUGGAAGGUGUUGACAAGGAGCUCCAUGAAAUGGAGUGGAGGGUGAUGAAGCAGCUCUGCAGUGUUCACACCCAGGUACUGGCCUCUCUAACUCUUUUGUCCCCAAAGCAGCAGCUGCUUAGAUGCUUCUGCUCGAGUGCAAUAUGACCUCCCUCCCCUCUCUUUUUCCCUCUGCUGGAGAUGGGGAGGGAAGGUGGGAUGUGCAAAGGUCCUGUUGCAAACCUGCCAUGGGGAGGCCUCCCCGUGUCCAGUCUUUGCAGAGGAGUGUCCCUAAGGUGCUUUACUUCCUCCCGAGAGCUCCGGACAGCACUGACCUGCUCGCCACGUUCGGAGCUGAAGGCAGAUUGCCUUUUUUCCAGCCCUUAAUCGCCACCUCCCUCCAACCUGCUCCCCCUCCCCUGCCUCACCACGGGCUCCAGGGGCUGAAUCCCAAGCAGGGUUCAGGUGAGCAGGGGACAGGAUCCGGAUCACCCCCCUGAAAACCCAGUGCUUCACCUGAGGGUUGGGAUCAUCACUGAGCCAUCAAGAGCCAUCAGCACCGCACAGCUCCGGAGUGCUCACCUCUCACCUUUCCCCUAGGAAGCUCUGCCUGUUGUCACCUCCCUCAAAUGACUGCCAAAUCUGCCUUCCCUGCUGCUGGAGACUCACUUCCCGUGCCCAAGGGCUCUCCCGUCCUGCUGCUGCCCACUGGACUGUGACCCUCGCCGCUCCGCUGACCAGGCAGGGAUAUCCCAACCCAGAAUUUUACUGUUCCUUUGCUACUGGCUAUCUGAAGGAUGGGAUUUUAUUUUUUAAGACAAACUGCAGGGAUUUUUAAUGUUAAAUUCUUGUUACCUGAGGGUAAACCCUACUGCAUGUGUGACUUCUUUGUUUGAAAGGGUUAUUAUUUUUUAUGACACAGGAUUAAGCUAAUGGGCAGCGUUGGCAUCUUGCUUGGGUUUGACAUGGUGUUUAAUUCCAUUUACUUGAUUAAGAAGUAAUAGUCUAAUCAAGGAACAAAUGCUUUAUGAAAACCUUGCCAAAAAAAUCCUGAGUGGGGGGGUUUGUUUUGGGUUGUUUUUUUUUCUUCCUUUGUGUUCUGUUUUAAGAAACAAAGCAAAGAACUUUUGCUGGUCCCAGGUAUGCAGUCAUUCAACUUGAAAAAAAAUGUAAUCUGUCUUUUUGAUAGCUUCUUAUGACCCCUUGAGGUUUUUUCCUAGGGUUUUGGGGUUUUUUUUUUGGUACAGUUGCACUUUAAUUUAUACUUUCUGCAAGUUUCUAUGAGAAGCAAGGAAGAGAACAACACAUUAAGCCUUUUUUACUGAUCAUUUAAGGUAAGACAAACACGGGAUAUUUUUGCCAUCUACUGGCAGUUAAAUGGACCUUUUCAGCUUGAAGUCCCUUUUUUUUUAAAAAAACCACAGAAUUGCCUUACUUUUGUUACAGAUUGUGCUUGGAUCCUCACUAACGUGACUUUACAGCUCCAGUUUUUCCAGAAGCCGCACAAAGUAGAAAGCUUCCCAAAAAAUAGAAAAAAAAAAGAAAAAAUCAGUUUUGUUGUUAAGCUCUUGAACACUAAAUCCAACACAGCAGUGGUUGGACUAUAAACCCACAGCAGAACAGCUUUGUUUUUAAAAGAAAUACUGGAAAUAUUUGUAGUGCUCCUAGGUUUUGUAAUGAGCCUUUUAUUAUAUUAUGAUUUUUAAAUAAAUACUCUGGGGUGGAGAAUGGCUUUGGUGCUGUGCCUGGUGGCUGCCAGGUGAUUUGUGUCCCCAGUGCUGUGGUGUGAGUUUGGAUGGAGAAUCCAAACUCCUGCAUGCAAAAAAAAAAAACCCAAACCCCACCCCAGAGUCAAAGGUGAGCAGCACCCAGCCCUUCAGCAGCUUUUGGAUCAAGGCUGAGACACAAGCAAAGAGCCCUGAAUGGUUUUGGGCAAUGGAGAGAAACCCCUUUGGAAAGGAGCAGGAGCAGCUGUAGGGACAGGCAUUAAUUCCCAUCCAGGAAACAGCAAUGUGUGACAUGUAUUUGAAAUGUUAAAGGCUUUUCAAAUCUUCACUCCCAGCUGAGCAUCUUGCCAAAUCCUGGAAGCCCCUGUAGCCCUCUUGGUAAGGGGCUGGUGUGUUACAAUCUGGGGCUCAGGAGCAGGUAGAUGUACUGAUGUCUUUUUUAAAAUUGACUCUUGUCCUCUGGGAUUUCCUACCCAGCAGAACUAAUAGUACUAAGCAGCAGCAUAUGCCCUUGGGAGGAAAUAUUUGCUUCCUGGAGGUGGGUGGGAUUUCUAGGCUGUAGAAUAAGCCCCUUGUGGCACUUGGCAUCUUCUCAGACCCGUGCAAACAUUAACUGCUAUGUGGAUCUGCAAAACCAGUCCUGCCUGGAAGGCAGGCAGAGUUACUCAGCUUUCCACAUGGGCAGACACAGAGAUGAAGCAACUUCCCUGCUCAGGCUCAGCAGAGGCAGUGGAGGGAGCAGGACUGGUGGAAGCACCUCCUCAGUGACCACAGCAGAUUGAACAGUCCAUCACAGCCUUACCCAAAUCCGUGCUGCACUUUGAGGACUUUCACUUCUUUUUAUUAUUUAUUUUACCUUCAAAUAGGCUGUGUUCUGUUUCCCAGCUGCAGAGGAGCUGCUGACCUCCAGUUACAUUUACCAGAGGAAGAGUUUAACUUUCACACUGUGGUCAGCUCUUUUUGAGUUAUGCUGGUACAUGCACAAGCGUCGGGAAAAGCAGGGUAGACAAUAUUUGAACUACAGAAACUUGAAUUACUCCAAGUGCAAUUCUUCAGAAGCCACUGGACAGCUGUGCUUUGCAAGCCACAAACUCACCCAGACGUUGCCUCAGCCUGAGGGAGGGGAGAGAGAAAAUGCAAAGGAUAAAGAGUUCAGAUAGGCUCCAACAGCAAAGUCCAGCUCCUGGAUGAGUUAAUUCAGAAACACCUUGUGCUGUUCUUGUUGGAAGCUAUACAUAUGUAAAUAUUAUAUAUGCAUACAUGCAUAUAUAUAAAACGUAGGUGGCACCCCUGUCGUUGGCCUCUCAGCUUUUUUCUUCCAGCAGGGCAGGAGUGUGCCCUGGACACUGCCACCGCACUCUAAUCCCAGCCUCUGAGAGGAGCUGGACAAAGGGGAUGCUAUUUUUACACCCUCUUUUAGGUAAAGCCCAUGAGUAGCUUAGCUGACCCCAUCAGGCUCAGCAUGGCCUUGGCCAGGGAUGGGAGGAGAAGUGGCAUCAGGAGCUGUGAGAAUUCUGCCCUUCCAUCCACUCUGGCCAAAGCCCUGGUGACGAUGGGGUUUGGGGCAGGUUUAUUUUCAGGAGGUGGAGCUGGUGAAGGCAGCAGGAUAUAUUUUUCCCUUUAACAGGUCAGAAAUGCAUCUUCAGCUGUGUGUCCCGUUUAGCAUUUCAUGAGGUGUGUACAAGCACAGGGGAAUAUACGGGCAGUGUUGUAAAAACGUGAGCCGGCUGGUUAGUGUGUGAUGUGUGUGCUUUUUUGUGUGUGAUUAUAGCGGCGUUCGUGUUGGAAUAGAUGAGGUUUGAACAAAAUAACCCUUCUGUCUACUCCUUUUCAUUUCACUGCUCUUUACUGUCAGUGUGCACCCCUGUAGGAGAAGAGGGACCUGUGUGCAGGACAUGAACUCGUGCCUUCGCUGUGCGUCGGGACUGCUGGAAGUGGCAGCUCUGUUUCACGAGGUGCACAAUUUCCCCAGCUCAUGCAGAAUCCCCCCGCUGAGACAUGCAGGCCAUGUUUCUAAAUACUUGAAGUACCAUUUGUUGUGCAAUUUUUUGGCUUCACCCUUUUAUUAGCUGAGAGGAGAGAGGGAAGAAGAAUCGCACAUCUGGAGGAGCCAAACCAACCCCCGCUCGAGCUCCUGCUGUUUCUUUCCUGGAAAGUUUUAGGAUCUGGUUUUGUUCCAGGUAUAUGAUGUACCUUACUAGAGUCACCUUUCUUAAGGUCUUACUUUGGUAUGGACUUUUCAUUUAGUGCUUUCCUUUGGCUUCCUUAGCCCUCCCCUUAUAUAUCCCUUUUUCAUCAUUCACUUAUGAAAAAAACCCAACAGCUUCUUGUAAUUCUGAGCUCCCAGUCUGCCUCCUGGCCAUGGAGUUAAUGAUUCAGCCAGAGGUACCUCACUCCCAUGCCUGAGACACAAACUGGAUCUCAGAGUUCCCACGUUACACCUACUGAUGGAACACUGACUUUUGCAGAGAGCACACCUGGUAUUCGAUGCACAGAUCUUUGCCCGUUUUAAUCGUCAAAAUUAGGAGAACUGGACUGUGAAUCAGAGCUCUACCUGCAAGCACGAGUACACUUUUGGUGUUAUAACAAGUCUGUUUUCAACAAAAGCCUUGAAGUUCCUGCUGAAGCUGCCUUAAUUUAAAAAUCAAAGUUUAUUUGUAAGACUCAUCUCUGGUUAUUAUUUUUUUUUUUUCAAGUUUGGAAAUAGUUUAUUUAUCCUCAUCUCACAAAGCUGUGAAGUAGAUCCUGUAGCCAUGGUAAUAUUUAUUCUUGUUGCUGAAAGCAUGUUCAUGUGUUCUGUAUCAUGUUAUACCCAUGUGGUUUGUACUUCAAUGCAUUUGUUUUGGUUUUUUUUCUUUUAGAGCACAAAGGAAAACUGCAUCCCAGGAUAUCUGUGGUGUCCAUGGCCCAGCAUCUUUGGGCAGACAGACCUCAGCUCUGUGAGAGAGGUGAACUGGACUUGUCCACUGCAAUUUUAAAAUUCAUACUCUAAGGAGUAUUUAUGAUUUAUAAUAUUAUGUAUUUAUGAUUUUAAAAAAAAAAAGAUACUGAACUUUAAAAAGUUCUGAGUAGAAGCAUCCCUUCAAAUGUAUCAAUAACAUGAAGCUCAGGAAAAAAACCCAAAACCCUGAGCUCUAUGAACACUGCAUCCUUCUUGAUAUUUUCUUAUUUUGUCAAAUGAGGGCCUGGAGAGGGUUUUGUUUUCCAAUUCAUGGCUUUAGUACUUUCUGUUAUGGAAGGGCACAGAGCCCUGGUUCAGUUUUGUCCUUUGUGCAUUAGAUAAUCACAACGAAGCCUUUUUCCUUCCAUUUAUGGUGUGGAAAGUGUUUCUCGGUGUACUGCACUGCAUGUGAUAGCUGUCUCCAUGGUUGACAUUUGCACUUUAAUAAACUCAGAGAUGAAAAGAGAUAAAAACAACAAA